AUUUCCCUGCCCGUCCUCCUAGCUGUGGAAGUCCAGCAGGCCAAGAUCGAGGGCCCGGGGGAGGUGUACAUCCAGAAGGGCUCCACCAUCCGCCUCACCUGCCUCGUCAACUCACACUCGGACAACGUCGGCGCCGUCAACUGGUUCCGCGACUCUCAACGUCUUGACUAUGACUCUCCCAGGGGCGGCGUAAGUGUAGAGAUAGAGAAGACUCCCGCCAGGACCACGUCUAAACUCUUCCUCACUCGGGCAGGGAAGGACGACCUCGGUAACUACACUUGUGUCCCGCAGUUUGCUGACCCAGCUUACGUCCUGGUGCACGUGGUCAAUGGCGAGGAAUCUGCUGCCGUCCACACUGCAGGUUCCAUUACCGUUCACAGCGACGUGCAGGUGCUGUGUUGGUGCCUGCUGCUGUUGCCUCUACUGUGUCAGGACUGUCGGUGACGCUGUGUCGUGAUGCUGCAACGGUGAUGAGCAGGGUGAAGCCACACAGCCCAUCACAACCACCACCACCACUAUACACCACCACCAACAGCACCACUACAUACCAUCACCACUACCGCUACACACCACCAUCACCACCACUGUACACCA